UAUAUGUGUGUAUGAACGUACGGGGCGCUCCCAGGGAAACGUAUUUCCGCCCUCUAGUGCCUGUUGUCUCGGCAAGAAGCGGACUCAGUUUCCCGGGUGUCGCUGCGGCACCCGCUCUUAAAUGUCAUUCUCCGCCCACCUGAGUUUGAACUUGCCGGCGGUAGUGGCGACUGACAGACUUUGACACAGUUCUAGCGUCCUUGAUUUGGGGAGGUUGAAGUCAAGAUUCGGCUCAUUGUACCCUCAUUUGAUACCUGUAUUUUAGAGUAUUCUGCUUUUUCCCCACUUCCCCAAGAACGCGUUCCCUAGUUCCAGAUUCGCGGUUUUGCUUUGGUACUACAUCAAUAGCCUAAGUAUCCCCCUCCCACUUUCCUCUUUCCAUGUAACACUCUGGCUUUUCCUGGCCUGCACCGCGGAUAUCUCGGUGUGGGAAGAGUGAGCAGGAACGUAGUCCUCAGUGUUCCAGGAUGAAUAGGAGACCUAGCUGGUCUGAUCAGCUUCAUGCAGUUCUCGCUUCAACUGAUGAAAAUAUGUCCCGGAUUAAGCAGAGUUUGUAUCCUCUACGAGUUUCCUCCACAGGGGACCUGGCUGACACCUGGAUUUCCCCUCAUCACUUGCCUCCUCAGCCAGAGGCUCAAGCUCCUCAGCCUUGGGCUCUAAAGACUCCCAUUCGUGGAGAGAGACUGAGCUGCUCCGAAUGUCACAGCUCAUCAUCUCUCUGGGAUGAAGUCACUAAACUCCGAUCCCAGCUUCAGUCUCAGGCUCAGGUGACUGAGGCUCUAAGGCAUGCUGUGCAGAAUUUGUUGAAGGAUCGGGAGCAGCAGAUGAACAAGAUCAGUGCUCUAGAAGCGUCACUGAAAUUGCUUCAGGAGGGCCCAAAAGGGAGAGCCCUUCUGGAGCAACGCCUGGAAGGGCUGAGAAAGGAACUACAGGGCCUUCGGAACCAGGUUCAAGAGCUAGUCCAAAUCCAAAUGAAAACGAGACCGGGAAAGUUCAGUAGUACCAGAGGCUUCCACAAAGAGCUACAGACUGAGCACCAGCUUUUGUGGGAAGAGUCAGAGAUUCUUCGGGAGGAACUGAAGUUGCUUCGAGACCAGCUGAGCCAGCAUCAGGAGUUGUUGCUGAAACAGAUGGCUGAUGGGCGCCAGGUUCAGGCCCGCAGCUGGAAGUCCUUGGAACACCUGCAGAGUGACCCGAAGAGCAAGGUUCAGACUUUGGAGGUCACCAGGACAGAGGCUCCUGAUGCCCAGAAGGAGGAGCCCUACCUCCUCAGGACCUCUGUUCAUGCCCGGCAAUCUAAGCUGCCUCUGGCCACCAUCUUCACCAUGUCUCUUUCUUCAUCUAGCUCUGAAGUCAGUCUUCCAGACUGUGACCGUAGCUGGGAACUUUUAAGGAAACUAGAUAGGGAACUUCAGAACACCCUUUCUAGCCUGGAACCCAGCAGAUCUCAGUCCCAUACCCACAGCCCUGGGCAAGAGGAUCUGUUCCUUCAGGGCCCCAAGGUCUUGCGGAGUGACCUGUAAGGACUUGUAAGAAGGAUGAGCUAAAUGAAGUGUCCACCGGAGGCAGUCUUCUCAUCCCCUCUGCUAUGUGCCCUCUUUCCUGAGGCAUCUCCCUGUCCAGCCAUUCCUGCUCCUCAGCUAGUUUAAAAUAAAGUGGCUUGGUGUCCCUGGUGUGUUUUCUAUGUGUCUUCACCCACAUGAGAUCGAAUCUGCUGGACAUUUCCUUCCCACCUCACUUCUUCCUGUGACCUGUGCCUCUGAUUUCUGACAUUUAUAGAUACACGUUUGACUCCCUGUUCAGGUGACCUUGGAAAGCAAUGAUUUCCCCUGGAAUGGUGAGUAAAUGGGUUCAGAUGUUGGUCUGAGGCAGUAUUGAUGAGAUCGCAGAGGAGCGUGUGCUACCCUGGUGGGCACUAGAUCUAGGCGGUCACACUGUCAGACUGCUUAUUGUAGUGGUAUUUCAUUUGUAUUUUAGUAAAUCAAGCUUGUCUGAAGAUCAGAGAGUAAAACAAACACCCUGGUCAGCCUCACAGACCACGCAGUGACAUCACACACCUUUAAUCCAAGUAGCCACACUAGUUUGUCAUAGAAACCAGGUAAUAGUGGUGCACACCUUUAAUCCCAGCCCUAGAGAGGAAUACAAGACAGGAGGAGACAGUUCUCAGCCAGUCUCAUUCUGAGGAUUCCUGGAGGCAGGAUCGCCCUAUUUGGACUGUAGUAGAGGUAAGAGGCAGUGGCUGGCUGCUUUGCUUUUCUGGUCUUCAGGUUGAACCCCAAUAUCUGUGUCUGUGUUUUUGUUAAUUGUGCUACAGUUUAUUGAGAUUUACUCCAGAUUCUCUACACCUCCUCAUCCUUAGCAGCUCAGCCUGUAUGGUUGUAGCAGGCUUCUCAGUUUCUGUGAAAUUGAGUCAUCUUCAAAAAUAAACAGACAAACCCCAAAACUUUUUCUUUUUGUUUUGUUUUUAACAGCCCUAGCUGUCCUAGAACUUUGUAGGUCAGGCUGGCCUUGAACUCACAGAAAUCUGCCUUCCUAUGCCUCUGAAGUGCUGAGAUUAAAGGUGACUCGGCCACUGCAGGGCUUAUUUAUUUCUUUUGAGAUAGGAUCUCUGUAUGUAGCCCUGGCUGUCAGGGAACUUGCUAUGUAGACCAGGCUGGCCUUGAAUUCACAGAGAUCUUUCUACCUCCAGCUUUCCUAUUGCUAUGAUUAAAGGUGUGUACUGCCACACCUAGCAAAAAAUAGUUUUAUUAUAACUUUUAUGAAGAAAUAUAAAAUCUUGUGAUUCAAAUUCUACUAUUUUCAUUUUUAAAAAUUAAUUUAUGUGUAUGGUUAUUCUGCCUGCAUGUAUGUCUGUGCACCAUCUAUAUGUAAUGUCCGCAGGGGCCGGAAGAAGGUAUCAGAUACUCUUGAACUCAAGUUAUACAUUUUUCUCUCAUUACUGAUGGUUGUGAGCAUCAUGUGGUUGCUAAGAAUUGAACUCAGGACCUCUGGAA